GGUUCGCAAGUGAUUACCCGUCAUGAAUCUCUCUGGAAUAACGCUGAUUCUCCUCGACAUCCUCUUGAAAUGCCGGUCAAACCCAGUGGGUACAACGGACUGUCGUGUGUCCAAUCACCUGUACGUGUGCCUGAACGACCUGAAUCACCUCGAGAACUUGGCAUUCGAGGACACGACGGCCGUUCAAACGAUCGACGACAUCGAGCUCCACAUCGAGUCCCUGGAUAUCACCGAUACGUCAGAGAAAUCAUUUCACGAUGUGCGAAAUGCCACGGCCCUCUACAUGUCAGACAAUCGUCUCCGAUUGAUCAGAAAGUACUAUUUUCAUGCCCUCGAUCAACUGACAUAUCUCGAUCUCAAGAACAAUGAUAUCACGGAAAUUGAGGACGGGGCAUUCGUGAGAGUCUCGAGCCUGGAGACACUUCUACUCGAUGGAAAUCGCAUAACGAGAUUGGGGCCAACGAUUUGGAAGGGCUUGACGUCCCUCAGGGAGCUGUACGCCACCAACAACUCAAUUGUCCUGAGGAAAAAUAUAUUCAGGGGCCUCAGACAGCUGGAGACACUGGCCCUCGAUGCUAACGAGAUCACAGACAUUCCCACUGGCACUUUCAAUGCUCUUCCACACAUGGAUCUCCUCUAUCUCUCCAGGAAUGAAAUCACCUCGCUGCAUCAGGAUCUCUUUCGUGGACUGACCGAGCUCAAUGAGCUGGAUUUAUCGAGAAAUCGCAUCACAUCCAUACCCACUGGACUCUUCCGCAAUAUGGCCUCAUUGGAUUCAUUGUGGAUCAAUGCAAAUCGCAUCGGUUCACUCCAGGCUGGAUGCUUUGAAGGCCUCGAGGGUUUGUCGUUUCUCUUUCUCAGUGGAAAUGAACUCGAGUCUGUUGAUAUGUCCAUUUUCGAGAUGAUGGGGAAAGUUUCGAUUGAGCCCGGGUUUAUCAUUGAUGGAACUUUGAGUGUUAAUUUGACGAUUGUCAAGGGAUUUGUGAGGUGUGAGAGCACUGGCAGUCAGGAGCCUUACAGUUGUGAGGAAGUUUAGCUGCUGGCAAUCUAUUUUUUUUUUAUGGCACUCGGGAGUCUUCAAGGGCUAUCGACAAACAGAAGUGUCAAAACCCCAUCCUUGCUACCGGAGUACGUCAAUGGAUUACGGCUGGUACACACCGACA